GCGCUGUGGGUGUGUUUCGGAAGGCGGGCGCGCGCGCGCUCACGUCGGAGGACCGGAAAGGAGGCGGGGCCGCGGCGGCGCGCGCUCCCGGAACGCGCGUAACGCAGACGGCGCGGAUCGCAGGGAGCCGGUCCGCCGCCGGAACGGGAACUUGGGUGUGCGUGUUGAGCCGGGGCUCGUGGGAGGCUGUCGCGAUGAACACGGUGCUGUCGCGGGCGAACUCGCUGUUCGCCUUCUCACUGAGCGUGAUGGCGGCGCUCACCUUCGGCUGCUUCAUCACCACCGCCUUCAAAGACAGGAGCGUCCCGGUGCGGCUGCACGUUUCGCGGAUCAUGCUAAAAAAUGUAGAAGAUUUCACCGGACCUAGAGAAAGAAGCGAUCUGGGAUUUAUCACAUUUGAUAUAACUGCUGAUCUAGAGAAUAUAUUUGAUUGGAAUGUUAAGCAGUUGUUUCUUUAUUUAUCAGCAGAAUAUUCAACAAAAAAUAAUGCUCUGAACCAAGUUGUCCUGUGGGACAAGAUUGUUUUGAGAGGUGAUAAUCCGAAGCUGCUGCUGAAAGAUAUGAAAACAAAAUAUUUUUUCUUUGACGAUGGAAAUGGUCUCAAGGGAAACAGGAAUGUCACGUUGACCCUGUCUUGGAAUGUUGUACCAAAUGCUGGAAUUCUACCUCUUGUGACAGGGUCAGGACAUGUAUCUGUCCCAUUUCCAGAUACAUAUGAAAUAACGAAGAGUUAUUAAAUUAUUCUGAAUUUGAAACAACAUAUUUUUAUACUUAAUGAAUUGUAUCUCAUUUAUCUCUUCCCUUGCAUCUUCAUUUGUUGUUAGUUUUGUUGUUGUUGUUGUUGUUUGGUUUUUUUCGGUAUAAGACCUAACAUCAAAAGGCCUGUUUGAAGGGAAAGGUUAAUGGGCUGCUUAAUUUUACAAACAAAAAAGAAACCAUGGCUGUCACAGUGAAGUAUCAUCUUACAAGAAUAAGAACUACAUAAAAAGGAUUGUAAAAAAUACAUAUUUGAAGUAUUCCCUGUAUUUCUGUUACUCUUUAUGGAAUAUAAAGUAAGCAUGAAGGGUAGUUAAAACCUUCAGGUGCCUGUAGAGUCAUAAUAAUUCUGUAUUUUAUGCCUUGCAUUCACGCAAGUUCACAAUGGAUGUGAUUUAAAAGUAGAUAUUCUCUUUUAUCUUUUUAAGGAUAUGUUUGAAUCCUGGAAAAUUAAUAUGGUUAUUUGUUAGAAGUCCGGUUUAUAAAAAAGCCAAAAGUAAUGGAAUUUUAUUCCAUUUGUCUUAGGCAGGCCCAUAAUAUUUGUUUUUCUUACAUGUAACUAGCAAUUUUCUCCACUUAAAGACUAAAUACCUCUUUAUAUGAUGUAAAUCAUUCUAAUUCAUUUUAAAAUCUUUUAGGUCAACCAAAUGUGUGUCUUCAGUGCUUUCUCUAAAAAUGUUCCUUUAUAGCUUUGUACAUUUUUUAAGCAUUGCCAUUGAAAGUUGAAAAUGUUUGCAUGGUUUAUCCUCUGAGUACGUUUCUUCUAGUGAGCAUGCCUACUGCCACUAAGUGAAUUAUUUACGACUUUUUGUAGGUCCAUAUUUUAAUUAUUGGGAUAAUAAUUGUGGUAUGCUUUCCAUUUACAAAUUAGUGUAUGUCAUCCUUAAUAAUCUAACAAGGUAAGUAGUAUAAGUGUUAGCUCUUUGCAGAUAAAGAAACUGAAACCCAGAAGUUUAUUGAAUUGUUACAUAGUGAGCAAGGAGUGGUGUUAAAACUUGAACUCAGAUCUACUAAUUCUCUGAGCUCAUCCUUUUAUACCUGAGAUUGCAGACUAAUCAAAUAUCACUUAUAACCUUCUGAUUUUUUUUUUUUUUUUUUUGAGACGGAGUUUCGCUCUUGUUACCCAGGCUGGAGUGCAGUGGCUCGAUCUUGGUUCAUUGCAACCUCCGCCUCCUGAGUUCAAGCAAUUCUCCUGCCUCAGCCUCCCGAGUAGCUGGGACUACAGGCAUGCGCCACCAUGCCCAGCUAAUUUUUGUAUUUUUAGUAGAGACAGGGUUUCACCAUGUUGACCAGGAUGGUCUCGAUCUCUUGACCUCGUGAUCCACCCGCCUCGGCCUCCCAAAGUGCUGGAAUUAUAGGCGUGAGCCACCACGCCUGGCCUCUGAUAUUUUUUUGUUACCCUGGAAACCCCUUCUAUCACUCCUAGAAAAGGUUUCUCAUUUUAUUUGGAAGUGACUAAUUUUCAGGCUGCCAACUUAUAUUGAGGUAAUACUUUAUUCUCUUCAUAAAUUUAUUUCACUUAUACUAAAAGUAUAAGGAUAUCUACAUAUAUGUAAAAAUAAUACACAAUACAUGAUUGAAUACAUGAUCAUAUUUAACAUGAUUUUUUUUUCUGCUGUGGAGAAAUAAACAUCCUCAAAUUAGCAACUGCAAAUCAGUUACCCUUAGAAAAAUAAGACCAACCACUGUAGUUACACUGUUAGCAGUAAUUAAAAAGGGCUAAUAUUUUCUAAUAUUAAACUAUUAAUAAUAAACAUUUCUUAUAUUUACCUUAUGUGAAAUAUAUCACUAGUUACAUUAAUUUUAGCAUCUAUGGUAUGGAGUUGUAUAGUUCAUGUAAAAGCAUGUGGGUAUGGGUUUUUCAAACCAUCACAAAGGUCAAAGGUGUCAUGAAUGCUAAACUGUGCUUGGCUACCAGCUUUUUCAUUAAACUUUUCUGGGUCUUGGUUUCUUUAUCUGUAAAAUAACAGAGUUGGACUAGUUAACUUCAAUGGUGGUCCUUUUACACCAUACAAGUCUAUAAAAUUUGUCUGUUCAGCAAAGAGAUUGAACAGAAAAGCAUGUUAGUAAUAUGAAGACAGGAAAAUGAGUGAAAAACUAACACAUAACUCAUAUUGAUCUACUUUAUUUCUGUUAGAUUUUACACUCAGAAUAUUUAACCUCAUUUACUUUGUACAAAGACUAGACAUGGAAACUUAAAAUGUGCAGGUGUCAAAGCUUAAAAAUCGGGGCGUCUUCUUUAAAGAAGGUAUGCGCUAUAAGCCUGCAGUCUUAACCAGACUGGUACCAGUUUAACAGUUCAUAAUACUUCUGUGAUGAGUAGAUCUGUUAGUCUGGUAGAGAUUAAUGUUGAAAUUUACUUGAAUUACAAUUUUUUUGACAAGCCCACCUUUUUUUUUUUUUUGGAAUUUGGUGAGGAAGACAAGUAAAAAUAUCCAACUAGCACAAUGUGGAUAAAGUUGUUUGCUUGACUAAGGGAAACUGCUCAGAACAAGAAUGCUUCAACACGGGAAUAAGGACCCUCAGUCUCAGGAACUCAUUUUUGGGUGCAGUUUCUACAUUUAAAAAAUUGACUUGUGUUCAGUUUGAUGACCAUUUCAUUUGGUUUAGUCUCAGUGUUUUAAAGAAAUCUCAUAACGUUCUACAAAGACACAAAGCUUCAGGUUUAUACAAAACUAUGAUUAGAAAUAUGUGAGCCCAGAAAUGAUUCUGAGAUAAGAGAAUAAUUUUAAGAUACUUAUUUAAAAGUAAUUAUGGUUAGAAAUGAAUUAAUGUAAAAAUGUGCUCACAUAUUCGUUUCUCUAACAGUUUAACCUGGACAACCAUCUGUAUCAGUGUUUUUUAUCCCCCUAGUUGAUUAUAUUUAGUUUCUUUAUUUCGAAAGGAAAAUAACAAAAAAUUUCAGAAAUUCCUAAGCGUGUAAUAGGAAAGUGGGUUAUUUUGAAUUUCCUUUCCUGGAAUUAUUUUACAGUUCUUUGGUGGGUCUGGUCAGCCACUUAAUAGCUGGGCUUUAAGAUUAACCUCUAAUAGCUAAUGGCUGGGCUUUAUCUCUGUGAUGAUAAUCUUAAAGCCCAGCUAUUGAUAAUGAACAUUUUUCACUAUUUUUUUCUAUCUGAAGCUUAGAGAUCUAAAGCUUUGGAUUUUUUGGGUAUAUGUCAAUGGAGGUAUUAUUUUAUAAUACUUUGUGUUGACAUGAAGUGGGUUCAUGGGGGGGGGGGAACCAUAAGCUGUGAACAUGGGUAGUAAACAAACAUAAUCAUUUCAAAGCUUUCCUUGCUUUUAGCAGAGAAAAGCCUGUAUACCUUACAUGUGACUGCCAGUCGUUUAAAGAGAUCUGUUUCAAAAAGUUGUUGCAUGUUUUUGAUGCAAUCUGGGAAAUUGUUUACUUCACAAUAUAGUCAUAAAACAUUCAUGAAAAUACUAAAUAUAUGUUUGAGGAUUUUUCUUUUUCUUUUCUUUCUUUUUUUUUUUUUGGAGGUGGAGUUUUGCUGUUAUGCCCAGGCUAGAGUGAAGUGGUGCGGUCUCGGAUAACUGCAACCUCCAUCCCCCCCUAGGUUCAAGUGGUUCUCCUGCCUCAGCCUCCGGAAUAGCUGGGAUUACAGGUGCCCACACCACGCCCGGCUAAUUUUUGUAUUUUUAGUAGAGACAGGGUUUUGCCAUGUUGGCCAGGCAGGUCUUGAACUCCUGACUUCAGGCAAUCCACCCGCCUCGGCUUCCCAAAGUGCUAGGAUUAUAGGCAUGAGCCACCAUGCCCGUGUAAGGAUUUUUCUUAAUCGCAAUAAAUAUUCAGCAUUUUUUCUAAUGACAAUGAAUUUUGUUUACAAGUAAAAGUAUGCAUUUUAAAAGACUCAGAUUUAUGCUUUUUAUGUGAAGCUGCUGAACUAAAAGUAAAUGGACGAAACCAAGUCUAGUAGGUUUUUUUCUUUUUCUGGUGGGGGUGGGAUGGGGGAGGUUAAUUACACCUAAAAUAUCUUCUCCAGAGACUGUAUGCUCCUAUAUAGACUGUAAGCUCUUUGAGGGCAGUCUGUCAGAUUUAUCUUUGUAUCUUGCCCAGCGCCUAGUAUAGUGCUUUGCACAUAAUGGGUGCCCAAUAAAUACUGAUGAUGAA